UAAAAAACUAAAAACCUUGAUAAAAACUAAAAACUAACUAAAAACUCUGAUUAUCUUCACGUAUUUUUGAACGCAUAUCCCUUAAUCUGUGUUUGAAUGUACAAAUUACAAACAGUUGUGCAAAUUGCAAAAUAAUAUUAAAGCCUAAAAUAUAAACAUUAUCAGUUGUUCAGUUAGGCCAAAGUUAGGCAUUGUCGCAGAAACAAUUAUUGUGCAAUUUUAUAAUAUUUAAAACAGUUGUGUAUUAAAUAAAGAAAAAAUGGGUAAAACAUCAAAAGAUAAAAGAGAUAUUUAUUAUAGACUUGCCAAAGAAGAGGGUUGGAGAGCGCGAAGUGCAUUUAAACUGUUACAAAUUAAUGAAGAGUAUAAUAUUUUUGAUGGAGUAAUUAGAGCUGUAGAUCUGUGUGCAGCUCCGGGAAGUUGGAGCCAAGUCCUAACGAAAAAGUUAAGACAAAACACAACCAACCCCGAUGAUGUCAAAAUAGUUGCAGUCGAUUUACAGGCCAUGGCCUCUUUACCUGGUGUCAAACAAAUCCAAGGCGAUAUCACCAAAUUUUCAACAGCUAAUGAAAUCAUACAAGAGUUCGAAGGAAUGAAAGCCGACUUAGUUGUGUGUGACGGAGCUCCGGAUGUAACAGGAUUACACGAUAUAGAUGAAUAUGUACAAUCACAGCUGCUUCUUGCAGCACUGAACAUAACAACACAUGUGCUCAAAAAUGGUGGUGUAUUUGUUGCAAAAAUUUUCAGAGGUAAAGAUGUAACACUUUUGUAUUCUCAAUUGAAACUGUUCUUUGAAUAUGUCACAGUUUCCAAACCGAGAAGUUCGAGAAAUUCCAGUAUCGAAGCUUUUGUAAUUUGUCAAAACUAUAAUCCUCCCCCAGAUUAUGUCCCCAAUAUGGUGAAUCCUCUUUUAGACCACAAGUAUUGUGAUUUCAAUGAGUUUACGGGUCAAAAUAGGUUUAUUGUGCCUUUUAAUGUUUGCGGUGAUCUAAGUGCAUAUGAUUCUGACACCUCAUACCCUCUUUUACUUGAGGGUCAAACGUCUUAUGAAUACAAGGAACCUGUUCAAAGUCCCAUUGAUCCCCCUUACCAACAGGUACUGGAACAAACUAAGAAUAUGCAAUUAUACAAUUAAUAAAGAAUUUACUUCAA